UUGUAUAAGAACACGAGAUUGUUUUUCUUCAUCGGUUACUAUAAUUUGUUAAUUAUUUGGAAAAACUAGGUUUUUUGUUCUACCGCCCGACUAUAAAUUAAACACAGAAAUUGAAAGAAAUAACCUGCAGCAGUCAGGCUUUCAGAUACAGACACGAUUAAUUCAACGAAGGGAUGGUCCGCCAUUUUCCUGUGUAAUGCUUUGGCUCCGCCCAAAUGGGGUGAGCUCCAAGCGCAAAGGGACGAGCAAUGGUUUUAAAUAGGUCUCCUCCGCCGUCUGAAUAUCAGUUAGUCGAUGGACCUCGUUCGCUAAAACUGGACAGAUUUGUAGUUUGGGUCAUAUCUCACUCGAAAUUGUUAACUUGGAAAUUAUUUUGUUUUAAUGUUUUCCCAUAUUGCAAUCGAUACGACUAACCUAUCAGCCGUAAAACUGUUAUUAAUAUGAACCAUUCGAUGACGCCGUCACCGGACAUGCACAACAUUUACGGUUUUCACCAUCAUCAUCAUCAACAACAACAGCACCAGCAACAAUCACCCGAUUUACUCAGAAGUGGUGGUCACGUUGUAACCACUAAAGCCGAUUCUUCAUCAUCUUCGCCGUCACUUUGUUAUAAUAAAACUUCAACUUUCACCCAAGAUUUCAUGUUAUCCAACAACUCGUGUCAAACACAACAGCAACAGGAUGACGACAGCUGUAGCGAUGGCGAAGAUUCAAGUCAACCCAGCUGCACUUACCGAUCUGUCAACCACAGUUUUUCAGGGACUCCGAUAAGACAAGGUGCUGACUUGUCGUCGCCCGGUUUGAUGGGUCGACACAACAUGGUGGCGGUGGCCGCGGCAGCCGUGGCGGACGGUUACUACGUCGGGGGUACCGGCAACCACAGUAGUAGUGGUAGCACGGGCCAUCAUCAUCACCACCAUCACCAUGGUCACCAUCAUCAUCAUCACCACAACAGCAACGGAAACGGCCAUAACCACCACAACCAUCAUCAUCAUCACAACGCUCCGGCGGGAAUGGCGGCGGCGACGAUUGUGGACGUACAAGGCGCGGCCAGCGUCGGUGCCGGUGGAGGCGGUGGAAGUGGCGGUUACAGGGUCCAGAGGCAAGCGGCCAACAUACGGGAACGUAGACGAAUGUUGAGGUCAGACCUGGCGCCGACUCGGGCAGCGGAUAGGCCCACGCCGGUCAAAAUCAGCAUCAACUCGGCGUUCGACGAGCUCCGCGGUCAUGUGCCCACGUUCCCGUACGAGAAGCGGCUCAGCAAGAUCGAUACUCUCCGGCUGGCGAUCGCGUACAUUGCGCUGUUGCGCGAAGUGCUGUCGGCCGACUGCGACCCGUUGACUUAUGUCCAGCGGUGUCUGAGCGGCGAGCGGACUCCCGAACGUGCCGAAUGGAACACCAGCGAUCUAACAGCUAGACUUUCAUGGAUCAACUGGGAAAAUUUAGGCGUGAAUCCCAACAGGCGAGGCGUCUUGACGUCUUACUCGAUUCCUGACAACGUGAACAACUAAUAGAUAGAAAUUUAUGCCGGUGAACACUUAGAUUGUCGGUUAAAAUUAUCAUUGUUGUAUAUUAUAUAAUAACAUGUACAUAAUUUUUGUUUUAGGGGUUUUUAUUCACUGUUAAUAUUUUAUUAUAUCUAUAUUAAUAAAUUUUUAGUUAUUAUGGGAAAUGUGCAAUAGGUACUUUCUUAAAAGACAAAAAAAAGAGACUGCAUAUUGCAGUAGUUUUUCGAUCAUUAUUAUUGAUACUUAAUUGCGUAUGAAUGGUAUUUAAGGGGAUUUGUUAUCGAUCGUUAAUAUGGAGUACAAAUAGUACAAUAAUAUAUUAGGUAAUAUUCUAAGUGCGUGCUUGUGCUUAUUGUGAAAUAAAUUGAUAGAGCUUCCAACUAAAACACGUAGGUACAUAUGUCACCACUCACCAACCUGUGGUCAAAAGAAAUAUUUUUCACCUACCAAAUAUUUUGUGAAUCGUAUUAAUAAUAUAACUAAAUAUUAUACUAAUAUGUUAAGAAAUCUGAAAACAUAAUCGUGAUGAAGUUUAAUUCGAUCAUUUUAAGAUCGUUCAUGCCAAUUUAUUUAUUUUUACAAUUCCGUACAAUUAAUAAUAUUUAAAAAUUUUUCAAUUUUAACAUUUUAAAAUUAAAUUUUAAGAGACAAUAUAACAUGUAGUUAAAACGCGCAAAAGUUGAACUAAAAUAAACUUCAUAAACCAUAACAAACUCAAAUAUUUAUUUAAAUUUCUGAUCUCAUCACAAAUUUGAUCGAUACCAAUAUGAACAAAAACAAAAUAUAGAUGGUAUUUUUUCUUUAAAAAAAAGUUAAGUAUGGAAUUCCUUUAAAUGCUAAUAAUUAAUGAAAUUAAAAUAAACAACUAUUUAUUGUUCAAAAUAAACUAAAACUAAUUUUAAUAAUUCAAAUAUUAAAUUGAGUACAUAUUCACAACUCAUAGUGUUAUAAAAUAUAAUACAUUUAUUUACGAUAUACCUAAUUUAUAAUUUGUACUUACAUUUAAAAUAUUUUUGUUACCCAAUGAAGUAGUAACGUAAUAGUUUCUGAGUCCUGACUACCAAAGAGAGAGUUAUUUAUUUAAAAAUUAUAUGGUUUUUUUUUUGUUUCCUUUGUAAAACACUAUUUGAAACAUUAAUAAACUCCAAAAAAUCUAUAGGUAAUAUAAUAUUAUCUCUGAUGCCUCAAA